AUGGAUUUCAAUUUGGAUCAGGGCAACGAGACGAUCAGUCAGAUUCAGCUUAACAUCCAGAAUCUCAAUCAGCAAGUCCAACAACUCGAUUCUUUGAUAUCGAGAUUGUCGGAUAGCAGCAAUGCUGGUGGAAAGCAACGACAAUUGUUCAAUGAGAAAGCUCAACAAGCACAGGAAUUGGCAAAAGACACGAAUCAUUUGAUGAAGAAACUCGUCGAGAUGAGCAAUUCUAAUAGAAGCUUGAAAGUGCACAGAGAACGCCUUCAGAAUGAUUUGAUCGGCGUCUUGAAUCGACUUCAGGCAUCGCAGCGAAAAGCAGCACAGACGGAAAAAGCUGGCAUGAGACAGGCUAGAGAAGCCGCCGAAAUGGAUGCGGAAGCGUCGCGAGCUGCUGAAAACGAGUUCUAUGCGCAUCAGAAUGCGAAUCCUCAAAUUCAGAGGCAACAGCAAAUCAAUUUGCAAGAAAUCAAGGAGAGACAACAGUCUCUUCAACAACUCGAGCAAGAUAUUGGCGAUGUGAACGCGAUAUUUGCGGAACUCGCUAAAAUUGUCCACGAGCAAGGCGAUUUGGUGGAUUCGAUUGAGGCGAAUGUCGAACACGCUCAGAUUUAUGUUGAGCAGGGAAAUCAAAAUGUGCAGCAAGCGGUUUACUACAACCAAAAGGCCCGCCAGAAGAAGCUCCUCCUGUUCUGUUUCCUCGCGAUUCUUGUCGUCAUCCUCGGUCUCACCAUCUACCUUUCGCGAUGA